GUCUUUUAUGCUGGAGAGCUGUUUGUUAUAAAUUAGYAAAAUUGUUUGUCUUCCCAAGUACCCUUUCGGUCUUAGCUUCCAUGAUUUGACCUUUUUGGACCCGACAACGUUUCCUCAAUUAGGUGUAUUUGAUAUCUUUUACAUUAACCAGUAGGCCUUUUGGAUCAAUUGGUCACGUGAUACAAAAUCCGCCAUAUUGGAUUGCAACUAUUAUGGAUAUGAGUACUACUAUAAUAAUCUUUUGUCAACCAAGAASAUGUUAAUCAGCUUCAAAAACRAAAUUGUCUCUUCUUGGUUCACUCGCAGCUUGUUUUGUAAACAAAUACAUUCUUAAAUGCCAUCCAGUAUGGCGGAUUUUCUACCAUGUAACUGAAUUGAUGCAAAAGUCCUUUUCAUUGGAUUCAUCUUUCAAGUCGUAAGAGAAAUCAUCAUUCAAAAGUUAUUUUGUUAUAUUAUAUAAUUCCAUUUGGUAGUUUGUGCUGUAAAUUCAGUAUGAUAAUACCCUCAGUAUUCAACUGUGGACUAUAAAAGACCACCUGAAAACAAUAAAACRCUUUGAUAUCUGGGAAGACAGCACAAAACUGUCAUCGUGUAUAUAUGCAUGCACAUGCUUCAGUAAUGUCUCUGGCGUGAUAUGUUUGUAAACUUCCGUUCUCAUUUGCAAGUGAUUAUGGAGUGAUCGAAUCGAGAACAUCUCAAAAAUGCACUCAACCAACAACUAAGUUCCGUAUAAUGUGACCAAGUUGUUAUCGAGAAAAUUCAUGGAGGGCAGAUGACUCGUUGAUCAAAAAGAURACAACUUUUACUUAACCAACCAAAAUCUUUCUCUAAAGUAUACAAGCACCAGGAAAAACUUGAAUUAAGAAAACAAUUGAGCUAAUUCAAUCGAUAAAUUACAAACAUGUUGGACCCGGUUGUAAGUGAAAUUGAAUGGAGUACCGACACAUAUUCUCUGGAAAAAGUUGUGGACGAGCUAUUUCAUCUUCCUCAAGUCGUUAAGGUGAAACGUGUUUCGCCGAGUUUAGAAAAACUGAAAGACUUUCAUGAUAAUGAUCUUUUGGUGUUAAGCUCAUCGAGGAAAAUUGACAUCAUUAGAGCGACUGAUUCGCUUAUGAAUGAAUACUACAUCCCUCUCGAUUCUGCAGCCAAGGUUGAAGUAGUCGGCUGGUUAGGUUACAAGACAUUUUACGACCAUGUUGAGGAACUUCACGAAGCRUCUCCAACCCACGUUCUCGUCGAGGAAGACGAURAAAAUAUUGGAAUAAAUAAAGGUGAAGUUUUGAAACUGGGACAGAAAAUUUCGUUACGGGGAAGCAUGUAUCUUCAAUGUAAUGUUCAAGGGAGGCCUGAUGUCGAAGUAAACAUCCCUUUCAGUCACAAAGGUGUUCGUUUCAAGACGCUCGGAGAAUUCACUGAGCCAAAUGUCCUUCUGACGGAAGUUGUACGUAAGUGUAAGCUUCCAGUCCAUGUUAAGUUUGUUGAUAACAAGUUGAAGAUGAAAAAAGUUGACGGUUCAUCUCGAUAUCCGAUGGGACUUUAUAACAUCGUUGGAAGUGUCAAACUCCACGACGUUAUGARAUACGCCGAUAUUGUCGGUAAAAGAAUCUCAYAUCCAGAUAAACMKGAUGUAAUCACAGUCCCUGAAGACUGCCACCUGGAUGUGUUUGUUCCAACAGCAGCGACAAGGAGUAAUUCAAAGUAUGUACAGUUUUGCAAUAGAAUUGCCCAUGAAAUAGGUCCAGAGAUGCUGCGGAAUCUUGGCAUUGAGCACAACCACUGGGUCAUAUUUCAAGAAGAUCAAGGGCCGCCAUCACCGAAGCAAYAUGAAYCUCCAAAACCAGUCCCGAAAAAACGAACUUAUAUUMAUAAAAUUUCCAUUACGCAAACACUUGACCAGCACCAUUACACAUCGACGUUAACCUCUAAGGCCGAAACAGAAUWUGAAAGUUCUUCUCUCUCUAAGUCUGACAGCGGAUUUACACCGACGCCAGCCAGGAAAAACUCGAACACUUUCCCACGUUUUUUGACCCCAAGCCAGAAGAGCGAUUUCGCUGGAUCAAACCAGGAAAUUUACCAAAGAAUUGAGGUUCUUAGUGCGUUCCAGGAAACGUUUAAUCAAGAGACGAAGCCUGUUAUGUUGCGUGCAAACACUUUUGGUCGUUCGCGAAUUUUGGAUGAAGAAGACAGUUUAUAUGUCCCGAUGAAGUCAAACGUUGUAACAGAAAGUAUGGUUCAAGAAGAGAGGAAGAUGAAGAAUGCUUUGMAAUCAAAUGCCAAUCUAUCACAGGUGUCAGGCUCAGAACUAGAAAUGUUAAAAAAUAGGCCAAAACCUCCUCUUCCCACAGAGAUAAGUAAACCUGAUCAGGCUUCUUCAAACUUAAAACAUUCUGCACGUAAGUACGAUGUGGUGCCAAAAUUAAGCGUCAAUGCAGAUCGACGAAAUGUCGAUGUUCCUAAGAAAAGAGAAUAUACRGAUAAACCUAUAAACGACUGGUCAGAAAAAGACGUUUCUAAGUUUUUAAAAAGCAUUGGCUUGGAAAAGUACGUCAAAAGYUUCUCAGAGAARAAAGUCGACGGGAAGGCUUUGGUAAAAUUAAAUGAAACUGAACUCGUGAAAUCCUUCAAAAUGUCUAAUAAAUCUCAUUUGAUGACGCUGCUGAAGUUCAAAGCAGAGUGCAUGAAACAUGAGGUUCAAAAUGAAUACCUAACAGUAAGGUGAACGUGCAUUGUGAGUCACCUCACAGGCCACAGUGUGUAUAUGGAUGCUAGAAAUAGUCUUGUUAGUGAUCAUCAAUCAUGUUUUGAAGCUUUGGACUUUAUUUCUGCGCAAGAAUUAUGUAUCAACAACAUAACUGUCUGGAUAGUGAUAUAGUAARCUGCUAUUUUUAUUUUAACUUCUUGGUAAACACUUUUAGUUAAACUAUUCGAUGAUCUUAGCUGUAAUUAGACAAAACAGUCUGGAAAAUAAAAACAAUUUUUGAGCCA